ACAUGAACAAUCACCAAGAAAUGGAUUACACGUGCUGAAGAAAGAUGAGAAACAGAGAUUACAGUCCCCAUAUGUGGUUUUGAGGAAAUGUGAGAAUAUUUCUAUAUCACCAUCUACCACAAUCACAAUGACUCUCACCUACGACGACUACCCAUAUACCGAAUUCCUUCAAAACCUCUCGCUCAGAUACCCAGACAUCGACUGGAAUUACAUCAACCUCACCAACUUCACCUUCCUCAUAGACUCGACGGAGCGCGUCGACCACACAGGCGCCAACACCACCGACACUGCUCUAUACGACGUUCCGACAGGUAUCGUAGUCCUCCUGUCGAUCUUCUACGGCUCCAUCUCCCUCGUAGCGGUGAUAGGCAACGCUCUGGUGAUGUGGAUCGUCGCCACCUCUCGCAAGAUGCACUCAGUCACCAACUACUUCAUCGCCAACCUUGCCCUGGCUGAUAUCAUCAUUGGGCUCUUCGCUAUCCCAUUUCAAUUCCAGGCGGCCCUUCUUCAGCGCUGGAACCUUCCGGAGUUCAUGUGUGCCUUCUGCCCUUUCUUCCAAACUGUGAGUGUCAACGUGUCUAUCUUCACCUUAACCGCCAUCGCUGUUGAUCGAUACAGGGCCAUCGUCUUUCCCCUCACCGCCAGACCCUCCAAGUUCAGGAGUAAGGUGGUGAUCGCCUCUAUCUGGCUGUUCAGUGCGACGCUGGCCAUUCCCAACGCCAUAGCUCUACGUGUCCGCUAUAUCAAGGACUCGCUCACCAAGGAACAGAAACCAGUUUGCUUAGCGGAAGGCAUCGACCCGACGGUGAUGUGGACCUACUCCCACGUCAUGGUUGGACUCCAGUUCUUCGUCCCACUAGGCAUAAUAUCCUUCGCCUACAUCAGAAUGGGGUGGGAACUUUGGGGUUCAAGGACUCCAGGAAACGCUGAGGACGCAAGGGACGCCAUUGUUCUUAGGAACAAGAAAAAGGUAAUCAAGAUGUUGUUCAUCGUAGUGGCCCUCUUCGCCUUCUGCUGGGCGCCUCUCCAGACGUACCACGUCCUUCAGGAGAUCUAUCCCUCAAUCAACACCUACCGGUUCAUCAACAUCAUUUGGUUCUGUUGUCACUGGCUAGCGAUGAGCAACAGCUGCUGCAACCCUUUCAUCUACGCCAUCUAUAACGAGAAAUUCAAGCGCGAAUUCAGACAGAAAUUCAGGUGCCUAUUUAAGAACGACAGUGGAGGGGAAACGAGCGAGUUCGACCGGUCCAGGUACCAAAUGUCCUUCAGGGCGUUGGUGUCCCUGGUAUAUACCACCGUUCUUGGGCACCUCCACAGGUAUCCGAUGGAUCGCCAGGUGUCUACGGCCUCAGACCAACGGAUAUCGCGAACGGACGCCACUGUGCUGAACGGAUCCUUGCGUUCCUUCUCUAACAAAUCGUCGCUCACCACCACGGGACAUGUCUUACUGGCGUCUGGUGGACGCAGUGUGAACGGGGAGUCCCACGGCGAUGUCCCAUCCGGUGCCCAACACCAGGAGGUUCACGUCUGCGUCCCUCUCAAAUCACACGCUCACCUGCACCCCUCCGCGUAUCGCUCCAGAUUUGACGGAGACACGAGGAUAUAGAAGAAACUAUAGAGGGGUGAGAGCAGAGGGUUAUAGAUACAGUUCCUCCAUGCUGGGUCGUUAGUAGAGGGCUACAUGUGAUAGGCUCGUUACCAGGUCCCCAUGGUAGGCUUCAUCUGCCGAUCCAAAGGCCUCAUAUAACUUCCAAUGAUGUGUCCGGUAGAUCAUCCUAGUGGCCCUUCUACAAGGUGGUCCCCUCUCACCAGGGGUAGACUCACAGAAUAAAAAAGAGCUCUGAAACGCAUAUCUUGGUAGAGGAUCAAUCCCAUUACAGGUUCAUGUGUUCCAAAAUAGGUAAAAAAAGCAGCUUGAAGUUGUAAAAGAUUUUUGAAAUGCUAUAGGUUCCAAUUUUAUCUCCCAUUUAGGUUCCAAAGUUAUAAUAGACACAGGGAUGCAGGUAUGUUGGAAAUGAAGUCUCAUAUUAAGGUUCUUUGUUAAAAUUUCCUCUUCGUGUUGGGUCAUAGAGAUACAGCGUUUUACAUAUGUGAAAUGUAUGGUUGGAAAGUUUUUUGAGUGAUUCACUCACACACCCUCCACCCCCCAAAAAACAAAAAAAAUAGUGAAGUCUUGUCAGGGGGAAAGUGGAAAAUGUUUGAUAAUGAGUGAUCGAGUGAGGGUGAGAGAAGGGAAGUGUUGAAGGCCCUCAUAAUUCUCGAUAGUGUACAUAAAGUUAUGAGGCGUAUACAGGUUGUGAGAGCAGAAGGGGGAGUGUGUGUGUGUGUGUGUGUGUGUGUGUGUGUGUGUGUGUGUGUGUGUGUGUGUGUGUGUGUGUGUGUGUGUGUGUGUGUGUGUGUGUGUGUGUGUGUGUGUGUGUGUGUGUGUGUGUGUGUGUGUGUGUGUGUGUGUGUGUGUGUGUUGUUCCCGAAACAUAACUUCUGUACAUAAUUAUUCCUUGUUGCUGUUCCUUUGUAUCUUCAACUUUCACAACUCACGACAAAUCAUUUUCUGAUACUGAAUUAAGGUUGCAUAAAUAAUAUAGCUCAUUUUCUUCCAAUUACAGACAUUUAUAUAUAUAUCUUCACUCUGAAUAUAGACGAAAAUCGAGGCUAGAAUACAAAACUAUUAUUAUGUGAUUUCUGACUCAUAAGUGUUCAGGUAAUAGCUGACACAUACAUUUACUUAUAACUACUUACAUGUGAUUGCGAUAAUAUAUGUACUUUCAUGUAUGUAUUGAGGGAGGAUACAUACUACUACUUUCAGUAUUCGUGAUUCACAUAAUUUGUUCUUCAUCGCUACUUACAAAAUGUGACGUAGAAUGAACAUGAGAUGUAGAAUACAAAACAAGAUGUAGCAUAUAAAAUGAGAUUCAGAAUGUUCAAUUACUUUCUUUUUGCUAAUCAAAUUUCGACUGUUUUUUCCUCUAGAGCUUUUGUCUUGGCGAGCAGCUCAGUUGAUGCUUUACUGAAAGGAGAUGUUUUAGGUUAAUUUGUACAUAUAUUCUGGGGAAUUUUAACGUAACGAUCGAAAUGCUGUACGGAAACAUAAUUGUGUUAAAUGCUUUAUAGGAUUUCAUGCAUGAAUUUUAUUGUUUAGAGAAUGAUUCUGAUGAUUUGUUGGAGUUAGGAUUAUUUAAUGUAUGAUUCUGUCUGUUUUAGGUGAAAAUAUAAUGAUCAUGGGAUGAUUCUGAAUGCAUUUUUGUAUGAUAAACUUCAUGUAUUUAAAGGCUCAAAUGAUCUCAUUUGUGGUGAGCAAUAACCUUAUGUACUUAUGUGUGUUCCUCUAUGCUGUUAUGUAGUGAAUCUGUUCCAUCACUGUUCGUUCCAGUUGGCCUGGAAAAUGGCCUGGAACAUAAUUUUUGUGAUAUUGUAACGUCGAGAAGGAGGAAAUAAUUCCUCUGCUAAUAUUAUAUUGUGCCACAUAGAAAAAGAGGUUUUUUAACCAGGACAAAAAAAACAAAGUUUUUUUUAACCAGGACAAAAAAAACAAAGUUUUUUUUAACCAGGACAAAAAACCAAAGUUUUUUUUAACCAGGACAAAAAAAAAAACAAAGUUUUUUUUAACCAGGACAAAAAACCAAAGUUUUUUUUAACCAGGACAAAAAACCAAAGUUUUUUUUUAACCAGGACAAAAUUAAAAAUAUUGUGGUACUUAACUUCGUGAAACAAAUAUCUUCAGUGACUCUAAACUUAGUGUAAUAGACAUUUUCAUUGAAUGGAUUCAGUGAACCAGCCAGACUCAUUAACUUUAAAUUCAGUGAACCAUUAAAACUUUCGAAACUCUGAACUCAAUGCAGGCGAUGAGUCACAAUAACGUGGCUGAAAUAUGUUGACCAGACCACGCACUAG